CGAAACGCAAGGUUGAAGUCAUCUUUGACGAUGACGACACUUUCUCCCUCGGCCCACCAGUCGCCUCGAGCUCAGCCAACGCCAACCAGCUCAGCCCGCGCCGGACCCGGCGAACCGUGCAGAGGAGUCGGAGUCCUGACUCGGCGUCCACGCGACCCCCGCGCACGACUCCACCCACCGUCAUCAUGAAGCCCUCGGGAGACGCACAAGCUGCGCCCAGGUCCCCUCCUACACGAUCCCGACGUCUGCCGUAUUACUCGGGUGCGUCGCGCGCGCUUGCGACGCCUCGAGAGGGCAUUCUGCGCCAGGGCGGAUGGAUCGAUGGUCUGUCGAGCAGUACGCGGGAUAGAGUGACGAAGCGGAUGAGGACGAAGCUGGUUAAAGCUGGUGAUGGGGUUACUGCAGACUCGUCGUCUGCGUACCCUACACCGCGCCCCCGCCGCAACACCGCCCCCGGAUCCCCGCGCGCUCCUCUGCCGUCCUCAUCCGCACACCAAAAUCCAAAUUCGAACCCAAAGCCAGACCCGCCUCCCGAGCCGGUCGCGUCCGCUCCGCUUUCUGUUCUGGGUCGAACGCUGAGGUCGAGGGCCAAGUCCGCUUCACAGCCGACACUCGAGGACCCCCAGCCAGAGGAGAGAAGGACAACACUUAUGAACCGGCGGACCCGUUCCGAGGUUGAGAUUGGCGAGACGCCCAGAGCGCCCUCGAAUGCAGCAUCCAACGAGGCCCCUCCGUCGUCUACCAAAACGGACACGGCGACCACAGCGACGGCCGUCGAGCAAGAACGUGAACGUCCUCAGCGUACGUACGCUCGCAGCCAGCAGCCCAGUCAGACUGCGGCGGCUGCUCCGCCCCUAUCGCCCUCUAAACAGGUCUUCUCUCGACCUCGAACAACGGGCAGCUGUCCCGACCCCCCGCCGUCAAGGAGCAUGGGCCCGCCCCCGGUGCCUAAUCGCGAGCUUAUGGAGUCUACGCCCCGCCCGCCUCGAUAUGUGGAGCACGAUGAGACGGCUCGGAUGCAGCAUGAGGCGCUGGAGAUGGAGACGCGUCAGCUGAUGGAGGAGUACGAGAAGGUUAUGGCUGAGCAGAGGCAGCUGAAGGAGAAGCUUCAGGCGCGCAUCAAAAAAGAAAAAGAGUACAAUGCUCAGCUUAGGCGUCUUCUGAAGGAGGCGUAGCGGCCUCGUGUCCGUGCGCAUAUCAUGAUCUUGCUGGUAUCUUGCCGUUUGCAUUGGGAGACGAGAAAGUCAUUGCUGUCUCUCCGACGGACGUAUAUUUCUAGGAAGUAUGUAAGGCGGGUUGAUCUUUUUGGCGAGCUCCAUCUACUAUAUUGUUAUUAUGAACAUUGAACCGAUGUAUUUGACAUGAUU